AUGUCCGGCAUAGCAUGUCAACCGUUCUCAAGAGGUGGCUCACAGCGAGGACAACAGGACAGCAGAUCUUCAUCACUUCCUGGCACUCUUCGUAUGAUGUACCUGCUUCAGUCUCCCGCGUUGAUCAUCGAAUGUGUAGUGCCAGCCAGAGACAACAUGUACGUCCGUAGCCAUUUGCAGGCCUUGGUGGAUCAGCUUGGAUACCAUGUUGUUGAAUGUUCGCUGCGCCUUGAAAAUGUUUGGUCAGCUUGCCGAUAUCGCUGGUGGGUCAUUGCCACACACCCUUGCAUCGGACCUGUGAAGAUCCCAGCCUUUCCCACAGGCUCCUCGCUAGUGGCCAGAGACCUUAUGCCGUAUGUGCAUCGAUGGCCUUCGAGCGACGAAACUCAACUUCUGUUGCAAGGACCGGAACUUGAACGUUUCCAAUUGGGUGGGCAAUCACUCAGGCAACAUCAGGUCAGGCCCGACAUCAAGCUUCCGACAGCACUUCACUCAUGGGGCAACCAGACACAGCCAUGUGAGUGUGAAUGCAGGCCGACUGGUUUCAGUGAUGAACUUCUGACCACCAAAGGCAUCUAUGCACAACUUUUGCAGCUUCCAGCCAUUGACGGACAGGCAGGUGCUUGGAGACAUUUGCACGUGCUGGAAGUUUCUUUGCUGAAUGGGGUCCCUUUGAACCUCCCUUGGGGAAGCAACCAACGGCUCAAUCUGUGUGCGAUAGGACAGAUGGCAUGCCCAAUGCACUCAAUUUGGCUGGCAGCAUCACUGGCACGUCACAUGCACAUGUUGUUCACUGAUGCCACCCCUGCAGAUCCCAAUGAACUGCUCCAGGCUUUGAAACAUGAAGUCAUGACCCAAGGACGUGAGCUCUUCCCGAAUGUCCCACGCCAGCCCAUUGCCCCUGACAGAUGUGCCAUCACCAUCCAGGAGCCAGGACUCAGUGCAUGGACUUUGGUGUUCCCCCCAACUGCGGUUGUCAAGGACUUGAUCUUGGCACAUGGACGCCUUCAUGCAAUCCCCCUGGAUGAAAUUUGGGUCAAAGAUGAUGAGAAUAACCUCACUACUCAUGAAGCCAAGCUGUCCCUGUUUCCCCGUCUCACCAUUGGCAAGUAUGAGGACUUGUACCCCAAUGACCCGUCGUUUGGAGGUGAUGAGAUGCCGCAGGAUGCUCCAGAUCUGAAUGCUGUCACGCAGAUGGACUUGUCCUCGGAACAAGAUAUGUUUGAGAACCGUCCUGAGACCAUCGACUCCCGCGGCUCAGACUCCGGCCUUUUGGUUCCGUCUUCUGCGUGCCCUUUUGACUCCACUGUCAAUGGAUUGUUGGAUUUGCGUGCCCCUCAACUGUUGGCGAUGCUACCUCCGUUGGUACCGGAUGUUGAACUCUGCAGCUCCAUGCGUCGUCCCACGGUCCCUGUUGGCACGAGAAUCUCCCUGUUAGACAAUCAGGCACAUGCAUGGGCUGAUGAUGAAGUUUGGUGGCAUUUGAGUGCCAUUGCCAUCCAGAAACCCAAAGAAACUGCCAUCCUGGAUCCUUUGAUUGCACACACAUGGCUCACCGCAGGCACACCUGCUGCAGUACAGUAUUGGGCCUCCAUGCAGCCAAGAUUCAGUCGCAUUGCAUCCGUUGUUCUGCUUGAUGGCCAUUGGACUCCCUGCAUGUGGAUUUUGAGGCCGACGGUUUUGGAAGUCAUCAUAUGGGAACAUGACGAUGUGGACAUCAAUGGCCUGAAUUGCCUCCAUGGACUUUUGAGCUCAGUUUUGGGGUUGCCACAUUUUCAUGUGUCCUGCACUCGCCGUCAGUUCGGAGAUCAAAACUGUGGUGCAGCCGCCAUUGCCUUUCUGCAGCAUCGCUUGACCGGUUCCAACCUGCCAGAAACAGCCGCUCAGUUGCAAAAUGCAGCAGAUGAACUCCGUGAGGCUUUUCGACAGUCAUUGGAAGGCUUCAACCAAGUGCCGAGACCGUGGUGCUGGGGUGCAGGAGUGACAGAUUCCACAGCCGUGCUUAGCGCGCUUUUGCAACAACAUGGAGUUCCAAGCCAAGCAGCCCCGACCAGAGCCAAAUUGGUGUUGCAAAGCCUCGGCCAAGAUGCAGUGAGGAAUGCGUUGCAAGGAGUUGCACCCUGGAGGACUCUGAAAUCAUUGGCAAACCAGCAGAAGCCAGUACUGCAACUUGUCAUACCAGACGAAUUGAACGCAGUCAUGCAGGAACGCAAGACGAAGAAGGCCACCCCCAAAGCCUCUGGUCAUUUGGUCCAACUUGGUGUACAGCCAAUUGUCCCUGUCUUCACGCAUGGUGGUCCCACAGUCCAAGAUGUCCCUGUCGCAUGUGCCCGCAUCACAGUGUUUGCCGACCAGUGGCCCCAAGACUGGUCCAGUUUGGCAGAUCAUCCGUUCAAGCAGGUUUUGCAGACCCUUCCGCCAUUGCAGACGUGCAGAGAUGACAGCUGUCAAUGCGGCAAAUGGCACCCGACAGGUUCUGACUCAGCCCAAGAUGCCUUGCUUGAUGUGUUUCGCCGGCAGUUUUUCACGGACUCAGGUCGACCAACCAAACAUGCGCAGGCAAGCCAUUUCAGCGUCCAGGUCAGAUACCUUAAGUCCCAGGAACUGGCACUUUUGCAGCUGUCCGGACUACAUGGAGUGUAUCUUGAGCCCAGGUUGCCAGAUGCUUCCGCCCCGACAGAUGAGUACCAGGUCGUAUGGCUCCCACAGGCCGACUUUGCCACCGCCCAGCACCAGUCCAAAUGCGAGCCGAUGAGCCUUGGCCUUGCGAGAUCCGGCCGGCGAUAUGGACUUCGAGUCACUGCCAAGAACUUUCAGCAAGUGUUCCAGAAGCUGAAGCCGGAAGGACAGUUUUUGUCUCCAGGUACGAGGCUUACUUGGCAAUGCGGCCCAUUCCCAUAUGGCAGCGACCGUAAGUCCAUCGGCCGUGUCUUUGCUGAGUGGGCUUGGCAGGCGAGACCUCUCCAACCUGCCCGACCAAUUUCCGGUGGCGUGAUGUGGCUUGUUCAAUCGGUGACAGAUCCUCCACAGCUGGUGUACAACAUGCAACAUGGCCAGGUGAUGAUCUCACGUUGCGACUCCGUCCGGGAAGGCAUGGCAGAGCAUGGCACGGUGAUUGGUCCGCAGAGCACCAUCGAACUGUGCUCAUCCACCAGUGCCCAGGACCCGUGGACAGUCCACGAUCCAUGGCAACAGGCCUUGACAAAAAUGCCUGCCCCACCUGCGCCUACCAUGACCCCACAGCUCCAGGAGCUGGAGGAGCGCCUGGAACGCAGCAUCAUGGAGAAGCUUCCCAUGGAUCGCAUGGAAACAGACGACACUGAAGAUCGCCUGCAGACGUUGGAGAAGCAGAUGCAGCACCUUGCGUCACGCCACCAGGCGUUGGAGGGGACAGUGGCCGAAAACCAUCGCCAGCACUCUGCACAGGUUCAGACCUUGCAAGCCCAGAUGAUGUCCCAAAUGGAGGUGCAACGUACCCACAUGUCCAACAUGUUCGAGGACCAAAUGAACAAGCUUGAGACCAUACUUGCAAAGAAAGGUUCCCCCUUGCCUGCUCGGAUCAACACCAAUGAUGCUGGCCAAUACUCUGGAGUUGCGACCAUAGCUCGAGUUCCUGCCCGCGCACUUUGCGCUUGCUGGCCCCAAGACCUUUUUGAAACCGGCCGAGUUCAAAUCACUGGCACGUUCAUCAAUCAAACCUGGAUCACAGGCGCAGUCAUGUAUGGCUACCCACAAGGCAAAGUCCACCACAAUGCUUUGGCCCGUUCCUCCGAGAUGUUGGAAUUUUUGAUCAGCCAUAUGACUCAGGUUGCCUCUGGACCAAGGUAUCUGUGCGGUGACCUCAACCAUGAAAUGGACCAACUCCCAGCUCUCCAGCGCCUGGUCCAGCUAGGCUGGCGUGAAGCCCAAGACCUUGAAUGCCUGCGUACUGGAACCCAACCUCAACCGACGUGCAAGGGAUGUACUCGCAAGGACAUGCUGUGGAUUUCGCCAGAGUUGGUGCCGUUCUUUCGGUGUGCCUUCGUUGACCAUGAUCGUUUUGCAGAUCACUCCGUGUUGCGAGCAUUCUUUGCCUUGGAUGGUGCGCUUUCCAAACGAUACCUGUGGCCGAAGCCCAAGCCGGUGCCGUGGAACGUUGUCCUGCCACUUGACCAGCCAGUGGAUUUUGCUGAAGGCUCCCCCACGGAAGUGUACAAGCAGCUCUGGCAAGCCAAAGAGGCAUUGGCCAAAGACCACUUGGGUGAACAAUGGCAAUACCAAAUGCAGGGCCGAGGCCAAAGAACUGAGCCCUUAGUGCGCAGAGGCUGGGCAGCACCGCCUCGCAAAGGCCGCUCCAGUGACUUCCAACCUGCGUUCCAUGGUUACAACGUUCAGCACAGCCGAUGGCUACGUCAACUGCGGAGACUGCACAAUUACCAUCGCUGGGCCAUGCAUCACUAUGGCACUGCUGUUGCCAACCAACAACUUCAUGGCACUAUGCUUUGGGCCAGUGUCCUGAAGGCAACUGGAUUUGGUCCCUCUUUUCAGGCAUGGUGGAUUUCCCGGCAAUGCAUUGGACUUCAAGACCCUGCGUCCGUGCCGACCCUUCCACCUGAUGCAAACCAUGCGUGCCAAUUGUGUGAAGCCUUUCAAGGUGAGCUGCGAGCCUUUGAACGUACGUUGAACGCCGCCAAGAAAGCAGCCAAGGUUUGUGCCCACAAACGCAAUCAAAACUUGAUCUACAAGGACACCAAAAGGCCUACCCCAGAACCUGUGACCAGCCUCUUGGUCACCAAAAAGGCCAAGGUUGCUGAAAUCAGACCGGAGGACAGUGCGGUACUCCUUGACCAGCCAGUCUUGUUUGAUGCCCAAGAUCCGGUGGUGGUAGGGAAUAUGCCAACCACCAUCAUUCAUGCCACCGCCGACACAUUGUACCUGUCUGACAUUGCCGAUGCGCAAGUGGGUCAUCAAGUCACUCAGACCCAGCCAGUUGGUGCACUUGAUGAAGUUUUUGCCGCAUUCCAUACCCAGUGGAAGCUUAGGUGGUGCAAACACGAUGACAUCCCCCACAGCCACUGGGAUCAGCUGGUUAGGUUUGCCCGACACCACCUUCCCAGACAUGACCUUGUGCCAGUAAACAUCACACCAGACUUGCUGCGUGCCGAAGUUGCCUCCAAGAAGUCCCAGGCUGCUACCGGCUUAGAUGGCGUCAGCAGAGCAGAUAUCCUCCACCUGGACCGCAACAGCCUGACCAGUUUGUGCCAGCUAUACCACCGAGCUUGUAGUGAUGGAAGUUGGCCUUUGCAGACAGUCACCGGCAGUGUGGCGUCACUGGCAAAAAGAGAAGGUGCAGCCAGCACCCAAGACUACAGGUUCAAGGUGCGUGACUCAUACAGCACUGGCUUCACCACCAGCACCGGACUUGCAGAAGGCUGUGCCCUCAGCUGCUAUGGCAUGUUGAUCAUGGAUGACAUCAUGCACCGCUACAUAGCAGCGCAAUACCCAUUGCUGAGGGUGCUAAGCUUUGUGGACAAUUGGGAUUUCAUCACCUGGAAUGCCCAAGCCGCUACACAGCAGUUGGAUGCACUUCUUGAAUUUGCCAGCCUGGCCGACCUGACAGUUGACCGCCAGAAAACGUACGCCUGGUCCACCUCAGCCGAGGUCAGAGCCAACCUGAGGUCGCUUGGAAUCCCGGUCAAACAUGCGGCCAAAGACCUGGGCGCUCACGUGGCAUUCUCACGCCAGCACACCAACAGCACGGUUACCAGUCGCCUUGAUGCUCUGACACCUUUCUGGACUCAGCUUCGCCAAAGCCGUGCCAGCUACCGGUCCAAGUUGCGGGCGCUGCGAACUGUGGCAUGGCCACGAGGCCUUUUUGCUGUUGAGAGUGCCCCGAUCAGUGACAACACCUGGUUAUGCCAAAGACGCCAUGCAAAUAAGGCUCUCAGUAUGGACAAACCUGGUGUCAAUCCCAUGUUGUUGCUUGGCCUUGUUGAAGCCUAUGUGGAUCCUGAGUUUGUUGCCCUGAUCCGCACGGUAGGAGAGACCCGUCUUAACUGCCCCCUGGACUUUUGGGCUUCUGAUCUUUUUCCACUUGCAGCCGGCAUCACCAACAGUCCACCAUCUUCUCCGGCGGCUGUUUUGCUUGGACGCAUCCAGAAAGUUGGCAUUGCCAUCAAACCCACAGGGCACUGGGAAGAUCGAAUUGGCCUUUUCCAUCCAGCUCAUGUCAACUUUGCUGAACUAUGCCACAGGCUGCAAUGGCAAUGGCACCAGUAUGUCUGUGCGGCAGUCUCUCACCGCAAAGAUUUUCAUGGUCUUGACAUGGUUGACACCACCACCACACGUCAAGCCAUCAAUCGCCUGGCUGUUGAUGAUCAAUCAAUGCUCCGCCUUAGCCUGGCCGGGGGCCUUUUCACCCAAGAUGCCCACGUGCACUGGAAUGAAGGUACAGGCUCCUGCAAGUGGUGUGGUCAGCUGGACUCCCUGCGCCACCGAUACUUCGAAUGCCCCAACACCUUGGACUUACGCACCAGCUUGGCUCCUGAUGUGCUCCCUCUUUUGCAUUUGCUCCCGGAAGCCAUGGUCUUGCGCAGCUGGGCUAUUUACCCGCCCACUCACCUUGCGUGGCUCCGUUUGUUGGACUCUGUGCCCUGUGCGGUCCCGUCCCUGGCGUGUGCGUUCAAACCUGGUGUCCUCAAUCACGUUUUCACUGACGGUUCUUGUCUGUGGCAAGCGGACCCUGCCUUCCGUGUUGCGUCGUGGGCUGCCAUCCUUGCUGAUCCGUGUUCCCCUGAGUGGAAUUUCAGUUGUGGUGGCGUUCUGGGUGCGGGCCAUGCCCCUGGACUUUGCCAAACCUCCUACCGUGGUGAGUUGUUUGCGUUGGCCGUCAUCCUCCACCAUGCAGCGCUAGGGGCUUUCAGGGUAAAAGUGUACUGUGAUUGUUUGGGGGUAGUAAACAAAUACCACCGGCUCACCUCGGGAAGAACUGCGCUCAAACCUAACUCUGCCAGCGCUGACCUUUGGACAUGGGUGCUGGCGUCAGUUGCUAUGUUGGGUACAGAUGGAUGCGAGGUUGUGAAGAUCCCAGCCCAUCGGAAGUUGCACCAGGCGAAGAGCCGCACUGAGGUUUGGCAAUUCUGGCAUAACAACGUUGUGGAUGGAGUGGCCAAGCACGCCAACCUUGACAGGUCGCCGCAGUUUUGGGAUCAAUGGAAGCUCCACGUGGACCAGACGAUGGCGGCCAGAGUUUUGCACGAACAGGUAUGCGCCCUGCACAUUGCAGUUGCCCGCCGCAGUGUACAAACAGAGGCACAGGUGACGCUGGAUGAGGUGCCUAUUGCGCAACCUCGACAGUUGCGCAUUUUCCCUGUGGAGUUCAACACUGCUGCGUGGAGAGGCGACAUCCCUUUGAAGUUUGCAACUGAAUACGGAGCCGGCUUGGCGCGUCGGAUUUGCAGAUGGUGGCAGGCUCGGACAACCAGUGAUGAUGCUGGUGAGACCCGCUGGAUCAGCUUCGCGCAUUUGUACGUUGAUUACCAACUUACAUUUGGUUGCCCAGGACCGGUGAAGCAUGGAGCUCAGUGGUUGGACGCGCAGACCAGGCCCUAUUUGGACCCGGAGCGGCAUCCGUUUUUGGUGCGCCUCAAAUGGUUCAGGCGUUGCUUGAAAAUGUUUUGGAAGCUUACUGGCCAAACUGUUGGAAUGAACGCUUGCAAAGUGGAAGGGGAUUCCAUACAAAGUUUCGUCAACGCAGCCUCCAUUCGGUGGUGCUAUUUUAGCUGGAGUGGAGCAGAGCAUUGGAUAGCAACUGCCUGCAAAGGGCCUUGCUGCAGAGGAACGAGAGCCUUGGAGGCCUUACCUCUGGCCCGGCGGCAGGCCAAAUUUGCGCUGUUGGAUGAAGCGCUGUUUCACGGCACUGACUGUGCUUAG